AUGAGCUGUAAUGAGACGGAGACCAACUCCAGACAUUCACGAAACUCACGCCUCCACCUGGCCACCUCUCUCUACCUACAAAGCCUCCUGGGGAGUGGUGCGGACGAGGCCGAGGUCAAAAGAAGGUGGAGGAGAAGUACUGGACUACCUCGGAUGGACCAGUCGACUCUCCCCUCUACGAUGCCACGAGGCUUGCUGGCUCCGCCUCCUCCUUUGAGGACGGCUCUUCCCCCGCCCCACGCAGGGGGCAUGGCCCACACCCCUGUACACCAACCCACUCCAGAGUUGCUUCGCUCUCGCAGGGCUCAGGGGUGCAGGCAUCACCAUAGCACCUUUUCUCCAGGAAGCAGCUGGUCUACACAAGCUCCUGCCCGGACGCCAACUAUUCUCCCCUUCCUCCGACCACCUCCUCAAGAAGACACCAGGGAAGCUAGAGGCGCUUGCGAGAUGGACACCACUAGAUACCCAUCCCCAUGCCCCAAGCCUGCAGUAGCUCCUCGGGAGGGACCAGCGGUAUGUUGGUGGAGUGGGAGGAGGGACGGUGACAGUCACUCUACUCAGGGGGACUAUCUCCACGCGCAGCAUAGUAGCAUCAGUCAGCAGAUCCAGGGGGCAAUUUCGCCAGGACAUUCCCCAUCAUCAGGAGGUUUAGCCGGGGAGGUUGACCCGGAAUCUCCGCUGCGGUUGGCGAGAGCGAUGCAUGGCGUCUGCGGGACCCAGACGGAGGUCGGCCUGUCGUCAACCUCGUCGGGCAUCCUCCCAGCACUCUCUCAAUGGCCGGUCUACUGUCUCCUGGCAGAAAAAGAAACUAGUCUCGGCCAUCGCUCAGCUGCAGAGCUGGUUCUACCUUGUGACUAG